CUCGCACGUAAUCCAAUCCCGCAACAAACAAACAAAACCAACGCGCGCGGCCACCGCCAUGCCACAUUAACACGCGCCGCGCGACGCCAUCACGCGUCCGUCGUCCUCCCGCCGCCGCCAUGCCCGCCGAUGCGAAGCCCCGAGCGCUCCUCCCCGUCCGCCCCAUCCUCCUCCUCUCCGUCUCCGUCCUCUCCCUCCUCCUCAUCUACGCCUACUCCUCCUUCUCGCCGCCUCCCCCAUCCUCCGCCGCCGCCACGCUCGCCCUGGCCGCGGCCGUCCCGCUCCUCCCACCCUCCCCGCCCAACCCGCACAUCCGCAUGCGCGGCGGCGCCGCCUUCCGCUCCUACGACGACUACCUGCGCCACCAGCUCAACAAGACGCUCGACCCGCGCCUCCGCCGCGUCUGGGCCACCCGCGACUGGCGCCGCAAGGUGGACGCCUUCGCGCGCCUCUUCGAGGCCCUCCGCGCCGACGGCCUCCUCUCCGACGCCUCCCGCGCGCUCUGCGUCGGCGCGCGCCUCGGCCAGGAGGUCGCCGCGCUGCGCCUCGUCGGCGUGCGCCGCGCCGUCGGCAUCGACCUCGCCCCGGCGCCGCCGCUCGUCGUCCGCGGCGACUUCCACGCGCAGCCCUUCCCCGACGACGCCUUCGACUUCGAGUUCUCCAACGUCUUCGACCACGCGCUCUACCCGGACCGCUUCGCCGCCGAGAUCGAGCGCACCCUGCGCCCCGGCGGCGUCGCCGUGCUCCACGUCGCGGUGCACCGCCGCGGGGACAAGUACUCCGCCAACGACCUGCUCGACGUCCACGGCCUGCUCGGCCUCUUCCGACGGUCAGAGGUCGUCAGGGUAUCCAAGGUCGACGCCUUCGGCCUCGACACCGAGGUCAUCCUCCGCAAGAAGGGGUCGCCCUAGCCACACCGCCAUGCAAUCCAAUCCCAAUUUGCAAAGAAGCAGAAAAUUUGUGUGUACACCGAUUUUCUGUGGGCCGAUCGAAUUGCUAUUGUAGGUAGGCAGCUGAUUCUUUGAUGGGCAUGCAUUGCGUCGAUCCAUUGUUCUUGAUCUUUGUACGUAUCUAGGAAUUACUAUUUACCAGUACAGAACAGGUGAUCCGAGAA